AUGGGUGCGUAUAGAGCGGACGAUGAUUACGAUUAUUUGUUCAAGGUGGUGUUGAUCGGGGACUCUGGCGUUGGGAAAUCAAACCUCCUGUCUCGAUUCACGAAGAACGAAUUCAGCUUGGAGUCUAAAUCCACCAUUGGAGUUGAAUUCGCCACCCGCAGCAUCCACGUCGAUGACAAGAUCGUAAAGGCGCAAAUUUGGGACACCGCAGGCCAAGAAAGAUAUCGUGCAAUCACUAGUGCAUAUUAUCGAGGUGCUGUUGGAGCAUUGCUUGUGUAUGAUGUUACCAGACAUGUGACUUUUGAAAACGUGGAGAGAUGGUUAAAGGAGCUUCGUGAUCACACAGAUGCCAACAUUGUGAUCAUGCUUGUAGGGAACAAGGCUGAUCUCCGUCACCUACGAGCCGUGGCCACCGACGAUGCCAAGGCGUUCGCCGAGCGAGAAAACACAUUUUUCAUGGAAACAUCUGCUCUUGAGUCCUUGAAUGUUGACAAUGCCUUCACAGAAGUGCUCACUCAGAUAUACCGUGUCGUUAGUAGGAAGACUCUUGAGAUUGGAGAUGACCCUGCAGCCUUGCCAAAGGGCCAGACCAUCAAUGUUGGUGGUAGGGAUGAUGUCUCAGCUGUCAAAAAGGCUGGAUGCUGCUCUGCAUAG